UGUGCAGAGCACUCAGUACUGUUCUGUUCUGAUCCUCUCUCUCCUCUUCUUAACAUUGUAAAAUAAAAUUAAAAAUCAAAACUUUUUUUUGUUUCAUUUUCUCUCUCUCUCACAAUGAAAAUUAAAAUCUUGGGUUUUUAUGGAAAACUCUUUUUCUACGGCUUUAAGACUCACUCAUCACUGUGCUCUCUCUUCUCUUUUCUGAGAGGGUAAAGUUCCAAGUCAUGAAGAAACUCCUCUGAAAUAUAUAAAUUUUUCCUUUUUAUAAUAUUAAAACUCUUAUCUUUAUCUCUCUUGAUGGGUGGUUUAAUCGAUCUAAACGUGAUGGAGACGGAGGACGAAACGCCGUCUUCGGCUUCUGGGUCGCUCUCUCCAUCCUCGUCUUCAUCAGCGUCAGCGUCUGCGUCUGCGUUUGCUGUGAGUGGGUCUUCAUCGUCUUCAAGCUCGUCUGGUGUUUGUCUGGAGCUGUGGCACGCUUGUGCUGGACCCCUCAUCUCUCUCCCGAAAAGAGGAAGCCUUGUGUUGUAUUUCCCUCAGGGACAUUUGGAACAAGCCCCCGAUUUCUCCGCCGCGAUUUACGGGCUACCUCCUCACGUGUUCUGUCGUAUUCUCGAUGUCAAGCUUCACGCAGAGACAGCUACAGAUGAAGUUUAUGCUCAAGUCUCUCUUCUUCCUGAGUCCGAGGACAUUGAGCGGAAGGUGCGUGAGGGAAUGAUAGAUGUUGAUGGUGGAGAGGAAGAUUAUGAGGUGCUUAAGAGGUCAAAUACACCUCACAUGUUCUGCAAAACCCUCACAGCUUCUGAUACAAGCACCCAUGGAGGCUUUUCUGUUCCUCGCCGUGCAGCAGAGGAUUGCUUCCCUCCUCUGGACUAUAGCCAGCCCCGGCCUUCUCAGGAGCUUCUUGCCAGGGAUCUUCAUGGCCUGGAGUGGCGAUUUCGCCACAUUUAUCGAGGACAACCUAGGAGGCAUUUGCUCACUACCGGCUGGAGUGCGUUUGUGAACAAGAAGAAGCUUGUCUCUGGAGAUGCUGUACUUUUCCUCAGAGGAGAUGAUGGCAAACUGCGACUGGGAGUUAGAAGAGCUUCUCAAAUUGAAGGUGCUUCUGCUUUCUCGACUCAGUAUAAUCAGAACAUGAACCACAACAAUUUCGCUGAAGUAGCUCAUGCCAUAUCGACCAAUAGCGUUUUCAGCAUUUACUACAACCCCAAGGCAAGCUGGUCAAACUUCAUAAUCCCUGCAUCCAAGUUCUUGAAGAUUGUUGACUAUCCAUUUUGUAUCGGUAUGAGGUUUAAAGCGAGGGUUGAGUCUGAAGAUGCCUCUGAGAGAAGAUCCCCUGGGAUUAUAACUGGAAUCAGCGACUUGGAUCCUAUCAGGUGGCCUGGUUCCAAAUGGAGAUGCCUUUUGGUUAGGUGGGACGACAUUGAGGCUAAUGGGCAUCAACAGCGCGUCUCACCAUGGGAGAUCGAACCGUCUGGCUCAAUAUCUAAUUCAGGCAGCUUCGUAACAACUGGUCCCAAGAGAAGCAGGAUUGGCUUUUCCUCCGGAAAGCCUGACAUUCCUGUCUCUGAGGGGAUUCGCGCCACAGACUUUGAGGAAUCAUUGAGAUUCCAGAGGGUCUUGCAAGGUCAAGAAAUUUUUCCGGGUUUCAUCAACACCUCUUCGGAUGGUGGUGCUGGUGCCAGGAGAGGCCGGUUCAAAGGAACGGACUUUGGUGACUCUUAUGGGUUCCAUAAGGUCUUGCAAGGUCAAGAAACAGUUCCCGCUUACUCAAUGACCGAUCAUCAUCGGCAACAGGGGUUAAGCCAGAGGAACAUUUGGUGUGGUCCGUUCCAGAACUUUAGUACCCGUAUCCUCCCGCCAACUUCAGUCCACGUGUCGUCAUCACCCUCUUCCGUCUUGAUAACCAACUCUAGCGGUCCAAACGGGCAUCUAGAAGAUCAUCACGGAGGUUCUGGCAGGUGCAGGCUGUUUGGUUUCCCGUUAACCGAUGAGACCACGACGGUUGCACCUGCGACGGUUGUCCCGUGUGUUGAAGGGUUAAAUGGUCAUUCCAUGAAAGGUGUUUCUGGUGUUCAAAGCAAUCAUCUUCAUUCGCAGGGAAGGGACAUGUAUGGCAUGAGAGACAUGUUGCUAGACAUUGCUCUCUAGGGUCCUUUUGGUUUCUGUUCUGUUUGUUUGUUUUCUUGUGGCUCAAGUAAGUUCUUACUAGUUGAUUUAUUAUCAUUAUGAUGAUGACUUGCUAACUUUGGGAUGUCACAAGUCGAUGACUUUUGUAAACUUGGUCGCUUCGUUGCAAGAUUGGUUUUUUUAUGAGGUUGAAAUUACAAAAAAA